CGCGCGCGGCUCGCCGCCGCCUCCGCCUCCGCCUGCCCUCGCCGCCGCCGCCGCCGCUGCUGCCGCCGCUGCCGGGCAGCCGGAGACUUUAGGGCCCCCGGCCCGGCGCCCACGGCCGCGCCGCGCCCCCGCCCCCGCCCCGACGGGCGCCCCGGCCGCGGGCCCCGCGCCGCCCGCCACGCGCGCACGCCGCCCCGCACACCCCGAGGGGCCGCCGGCUCGGGAUGUCUCGCCGCAAGCAAGCGAAGCCGAGGUCCCUCAAAGACCCCAACUGUAAGCUGGAGGACAAGCCCGAGGAUGGCGAGGCGCUAGACGGCAAGAAGCGGCCGGAGGACGCGGAGGAGCUGGAGGACGAGGCGGUGCACAGCUGCGACAGCUGCCUGCAGGUGUUCGAGUCGCUGAGCGACAUCACCGAGCACAAGAUCAACCAGUGCCAGCUGGCAGAUGGCGUGGACGUGGAAGAUGACCCCACCUGCUCGUGGCCGGCCUCCUCGCCCUCCAGCAAGGACCAGACCUCCCCGAGCCACGGCGAAGGCUGCGACUUCGGAGAGGAGGAGGGGGGCCCUGGCCUGCCCUACCCCUGCCAGUUCUGCGACAAGUCCUUCAGCCGCCUCAGCUACCUGAAGCACCACGAGCAGAGCCACAGCGACAAGCUGCCCUUCAAGUGCACCUACUGCAGCCGCCUCUUCAAGCACAAGCGCAGCCGCGACCGCCACAUCAAGCUGCACACGGGCGACAAGAAGUACCACUGCAGCGAGUGCGACGCCGCCUUCUCCCGCAGCGACCACCUCAAGAUCCACCUGAAGACGCACACGUCCAACAAGCCGUACAAGUGCGCCAUCUGCCGCCGCGGCUUCCUGUCCUCCAGCUCCCUGCACGGGCACAUGCAGGUGCACGAGCGCGGCAAGGACGGCGCCCCGCCCGGCUCCCGGCUGGACGACUGGAAGCUGAAGGACACGCAGAAGUGCAGCCAGUGCGAGGAGGGCUUCGACUUCCCCGAGGACCUGCAGAAGCACAUCGCCGAGUGCCACCCCGAGUGCUCGCCCAGCGAGGACCGCGCCGCCCUGCAGUGCGGCUACUGCCACGAGCUCUUCGUGGAGGAGGCCUCGCUGCUGGGCCACGUGGAGCAGGCGCACGGCGGCGAGAAGAAGAACGCGUGCAGCCUGUGCUCCGAGAGCUUCCUCACGGUGGAGGAGCUGUACAGCCACGUGGACAGCCACCAGCAGCCCGAGUCCUGCAACCACAGCAACAGCCCGUCCCUCGUCACCGUGGGCUACACCUCCGUGUCCAGCACCACGCCCGACUCCAACCUGUCGGUGGACAGCUCCACGAUGGUGGAGGCCGCCCCGCCGCUGCCCAAGAGCCGCGGGCGGAAGCGGGCCGCCCCGCAGGCCGCCGACGUGGCCGGGGCCUCGGGCAAGCAGGCCAAGGUGACCUACAGCUGCGUGUACUGCAGCAAGCAGCUCUUCUCCAGCCUGGCCGUCCUGCAGAUCCACCUCAAGACGAUGCACCUGGACAAGCCCGAGCAGGCCCACAUCUGCCAGUGCUGCCUGGAGGUGCUGCCCUCGCUCUACAACCUGAACGAGCACCUGAAGCAGGUGCACGAGGCUCAGGACCCCGGCCUGAUCGUGUCGGCCAUGCCCGCCAUCGUCUACCAGUGCAACUUCUGCUCCGAGGUCGUCAACGACCUCAACACGCUGCAGGAGCACAUCCGCUGCUCGCACGGCUUCGCCAACCCGGUGGCGAAGGACAGCAACGCCUUCUUCUGCCCCCACUGCUACAUGGGUUUCCUCACGGACUCUUCCCUCGAAGAGCACAUCCGCCAGGUCCACUGCGACCUCAGCGGCUCCCGGUUCGGGUCCCCCGUGCUCGGGACGCCCAAAGACCCCGUGGUGGAAGUCUAUUCCUGUUCCUAUUGUACAAACUCCCCCAUCUUCAACAGCGUCCUCAAGCUGAACAAGCACAUCAAAGAGAACCACAAAAACAUUCCCUUGGCCCUGAAUUACAUCCACAACGGGAAGAAGUCCCGGGCCCUGAGCCCCCUGUCCCCCGUGGCCCUCGAGCAGACCUCCCUGAAGAUGAUGCAGGCGGUGGGGGGCGCGCCCGCGCGGCCGGCCGGGGAGUACGUCUGCAACCAGUGUGGCGCUAAGUACGCGUCCCUGGACGGCUUCCAGACGCACCUGAAGACGCACCUGGACACGGUGCUCCCGAAGCUGACCUGCCCCCAGUGCAGCAAGGAGUUCCCCAACCAGGAGUCGCUGCUGAAGCACGUCACCAUCCACUUCAUGAUCACCUCGACCUACUACAUCUGCGAGAGCUGCGACAAGCAGUUCACGUCGGUGGACGACCUGCAGAAGCACCUGCUGGACAUGCACACCUUCGUCUUCUUCCGCUGCACGCUGUGCCAGGAGGUCUUCGACUCCAAGGUGUCCAUCCAGCUGCACCUGGCGGUGAAGCACAGCAACGAGAAGAAGGUGUACCGCUGCACCUCCUGCAACUGGGACUUCCGCAGCGAGGCCGACCUGCAGCUGCACGUGCGCCACAACCACCUGGAGAACCAGGGCAAGGCGCACAAGUGCAUCUUCUGCGGCGAGGCCUUCGGCACCGAGGUGGAGCUGCAGUGCCACAUCACCACGCACAGCAAGAAGUACAACUGCCGCUUCUGCAGCAAGGCCUUCCACGCCAUCAUCCUGCUGGAGAAGCACCUGCGCGAGAAGCACUGCGUCUUCGAGGCCAAGACGCCCAACGGCGGGGCCAACGGCGCGUCCGAGCAGGUGCAGAAGGAGGAGGUGGAGCUGCAGACGCUGCUGACCAACAGCCAGGAGUCCCACAACAGCCACGACGGCAGCGAGGAGGACGUGGACGCCUCGGAGCCCAUGUACGGCUGCGACAUCUGCGGGGCGGCCUACACCAUGGAGACGCUGCUGCAGAACCACCAGCUGCGCGACCACAACAUCCGGCCGGGCGAGAGCGCCAUCGUCAAGAAGAAGGCGGAGCUCAUCAAGGGCAACUACAAGUGCAACGUGUGCUCGCGCACCUUCUUCUCCGAGAACGGGCUCCGCGAGCACAUGCAGACGCACCUGGGCCCCGUCAAGCACUACAUGUGCCCCAUCUGCGGGGAGCGCUUCCCCUCGCUGCUCACGCUCACGGAGCACAAGGUCACGCACAGCAAGAGCCUCGACACGGGCAACUGCCGCAUCUGCAAGCUGCCGCUGCAGAGCGAGGAGGAGUUCCUGGAGCACUGCCAGAUGCACCCCGACCUGCGCAACUCGCUCACCGGCUUCCGCUGCGUGGUCUGCAUGCAGACGGUCACCUCCACGCUCGAGCUCAAGAUCCACGGCACCUUCCACAUGCAGAAGACCGGCAGCGCGGCCGCGGUCCAGGCCGCGGGGCGCGGCCCGCACGUCCCCAAACUGUACAAGUGCGCCUCCUGCCUCAAGGAGUUCCGCUCCAAGCAGGACCUGGUGAAGCUGGACAUCAACGGGCUGCCCUACGGGCUGUGCGCGGGCUGCGUGAACCUCAGCAAGAGCGGCAGCCCGGGCCUCACCGCCCCGCCCGGCGCCGCCAGGCCGGGCCUGGGCCAGAACGAAGGCCUGGGCGCCCUCGAGGGGAAAGGCAAGGCGGGGGGCCCGAAGACGCGCUGCUCCAGCUGCAACGUCAAGUUCGAGUCUGAGAGCGAGCUGCAGAGCCACGUGCAGGCCGUGCACCGCGAGCUGCUGCCCGACGGCGGCGCGCAGCUGAAGACGCCGCAGGUCUCGCCCAUGCCCCGGAUCAGCCCCUCCCAGGCGGACGAGAAGAAGACCUAUCAGUGCAUCAAGUGUCAGAUGGUUUUCUACAACGAAUGGGAUAUUCAGGUGCAUGUUGCAAAUCACAUGAUUGAUGAAGGGCUGAACCACGAAUGCAAGCUCUGCAGCCAGACCUUCGACUCCCCGGCCAAACUGCAGUGCCACCUGAUCGAGCACAGCUUCGAGGGCAUGGGGGGCACCUUCAAGUGCCCCGUGUGCUUCACAGUGUUUGUUCAGGCAAACAAGUUGCAGCAGCACAUUUUCUCAGCCCACGGACAAGAAGACAAGAUCUAUGACUGCGCACAGUGUCCACAGAAGUUUUUCUUCCAAACAGAGCUGCAGAAUCACACGAUGACCCAGCACAGCAGUUAGUGGGAGCGCGGUCGGUGGAGACUUCCUUCUGCGGCACAGAAAGGGAACAUGUUUCACUCUUUGCACGAACCCCUCCUUGUUAUGUACAUUAUUCAGAGCAUUGUAUUGUACCAUGAACUUGUAUCACCCAAAUGCUGGAUGUUCAUGUGUGUGAGCCUGGGAGCAGGAUAGACCCUCUGUAUAUAAAGUGUUGCACAUGUAUGAUGUCGUCGGAAACUGACACGGUCUUACGAAGACGAGUGGACUUGGGCCCUGUUCAGGCAGGAGAGGAAAAGACUGAGCAGAAGGGCUUAAGAGGAAGUAUUUUCAAGGCAGCCCGCAGGCCGAGUUCAGACCCCUGCGUUACACAGGAGGCGGCGUUGGGACUUGCUGUCAUGGACUCUGAAGCCCAGACUUUCUCUUUUUGGUAAAUCAGCGUUAAAUCCGAGACUAUUUUUUCAUUGCGAAGAUUCUGCGAGCCAUGAAGAGACGUUCUCACAGAGAGCCCACCGCCGAUACGGCCCGUCUAUAUAUUUGUACGCCUUGCCCUGUGACCGGUAGCAUCACUAUAUAUGCAAUAGUUGUCAUGUAGACUGUCAGCGAGUUUUUCCCGGAGACGUUUGAGGCUCUGAGUGUUCAAGGUUUCCCGUAUGAUUUCUCUCAGCCGAACGCCCGAAUCGGUUGGACUAACCUGUAUGUUACUGUUACUCAUGUUUACUCCGCGCCCUGGACCUGGAGAUGACUGGAAUUGUUUUCCAAGAGGAAAUAAAUUCAGUUUACCGUU